GCAUUGGGUGUUUUGAUAUUUAUGACCAUGGAGGAAGAUUGCCUUGAAAAUGAUGUUUUAGUCAGUUUUUCUCGUUAUUUAACAAUUAUUUAAUUAUAAAUAUUAGAUAUAAACGACAUUUUAGUUAAGAUUCGCUGUACAACAUUGAUAAAUGCAAUGAUAUAUGAAAGAUUUGUUAGUUUAUAGGAUAAUUAUAUAUUCCAAUUGGUGAUAAACUUUAUAGUUUGAUUGUAAAUUUUAAAAAAUUUACAGUAUAAGGAGUACGAAUGGAUUUUGAAGGAAGAAGUAAAGAAUGUUCUCUCCGAAGUGGAAGGUCUACUAAAUGAAUGCUGCCGAAGAUUUCCUAUACAUUUAUCAGAUGUUGCAGCUGAAGACAAUCUAGUCAAACCUGAGAAGUAUUUGAUGUCAACUAACAACGGAUCUGCACAAAUUAAAUGCGUUGUAACCCUAAUGGGCGAUCGACUACUAGAAGCUGAUCUGGCUUUGAGAAUGAAUAAACAUCAGGCCGUACCACAUAAAUUUUGUAUAUAUCCAGACGCCCCUUGGUUUCUGCAACAAAUCCAAGACGCUGCUAAUCAUCUCUUGAACGCUAGGGCCACAGCGCAACGAUUCGAACCGGAUCACGCAUUCAGGGAUGCCAAACAGGUUUUGCAUCUUUUGGACGAGAUUAUGACGUCAAUAAAGAGAGGUAGGACUAGCCUAGCUUUACCUAGGAAGAGAACCCUCGAGGAAUUGGUUAAUAAUCCCACAUUGGAAGUUUUCAAGCCGGCUUUGCCCCAAGAUGUGGCACUAGUCUUUUAUAUACAAGCUCAGAAGUUGGUGCUAGCCCUUUAUCAACUCUACAUAAACGAAGCUCAAAAGAUCGAUAUAAGCGCUAGACAUCAAAUAGAUUGUACUGUACCGUGGUUGAAUGAUACUCUUGUUUUAUUCACAUUAGCCCUCCAACAAUGUCAAGCACUCAAGGAUAAGGUAAUAGUUUAUUUAAUUUGAUAAAAAACCCAUCAUAUUUAUCAUUGGUUACGCCAUUUAUCAUUGUAAUUUUUUCUCUUCUCCUCUCUGCCCCCUCCCUCCCUUACAACACCAACGCAUAGAUUACUGUAUUGGAACAAUACAAACAACUCGACAAAUAUUCAACGACUAAGAAGUCUACCGUCGCUUAGCGACUUGGAACAGGGGGCGGCAAAAAGAAAAAAAAGUAAUGCACCAGAAUAGAAGAAUAGAAAGAGAAUUUUCAACAUGAACAGCCAAGUCAACGUUAAAUAGAGUCACUCAAAACAAAACAAAAAAAAAGGAUAAAAAAAUUAUGGAAAAUGUGUGUUUUAGUGCCAAAGUUAAGAAUAAAAUGGAAAUUUGUUUCUUUAAAAAAAAAAAAAAAUAAAGCAAUGGCAUCAUCAAAAUUAAUUAUUUAUGAAAUAAUUCAGCAAUAAUCAGUAGCUAUCUCUUUUUAUUAUAAAAAGUUAAUGAAUACACAAUUUUUUCACGUGUUAAAGAAUUUUUAUUUGUUUUGUUAUGUUUUACAUUCAUAAAUAUCUAUAUAUAUAAAUAUAUAUGUUUUUUUUUUCUUUUACAAAAUAUAAUCAUUUAAACUAUUAUUAUUAAAUCUAAACGAAUUAUAGGCAGAAAAAAAAAGAAAGUAAACUGGCCAAUAAUGUGCAGAGAGAUUAACUUGAAAAAAGACAUAAACAACACUCUCUUUCUUUCACUGUCAAAGCUGAUCGAAGAGAGAGGUAGCAAAUGAUAAUAAAAAGUACAACUCUCAGACAAGAAAAAACAGACAAAAAAAAACAAAUUUUUUUUUUAUUUAGUUUGUUCUCCUCUUCAUUUUUUUUCUUUCCUUUAACAAACUUCUUCCCCGAAAACUUAUUUUUAAUUUUUUUGGACAAGUUUGCCUUUUUUUUUCAUAAUAAAACGAAAACAAACCCCGUAUUUCAUAAAUUAUUUUUUUCCCAUGUGCAUAUAAUCUCCUUAUACUAAGCAUAAUAAAGAAUAUAACAACAUACGCAAAAGAAUAUAAGUUUUUCUU